CAUACAUUAUGCAAAUAACCAAUAUCCAAAGAUGGCAGCGCUCAUGCUUAACAAACGUGCUUCAUUGCUUGUGAUAGCAAGAUGUUUUCACCGGCAGGAGACGCUUGCUCGUCCGUCACACAUAGUAAAGCUUUACAGUACACAUAGCUGCAGACACAGUAUGCAGAGACUGCACAGAGUAGUAGGGUGUAAUACAUCCUCACUGGUGGCAGGGAGGAGACUAGGUAUAGUCUCAUUACCAGACCUGGUUACAGGAAGGAGAUGGAACAGUUCAGAGACCGGUUUCACAGAACCUUUGACCCAGAUUGGAAGUACAGCUGGUGUAGAGAACCUUGUAGAUCCAGCAGCUGCCGCUGAGACCCUCAUAGACCCAGCUGCAAUCGGGUCAAUAGCAAGCACGGCACAAGACAUACUACAGCCUGUUGGUGAAGUACCUUUUACUGAGCUUGGUCUAGCAGGCUACACACCCAUUGGUUUUCUUCAGUCAGGAUUAGAGAUGUUACAUGUAUCAGCUGGUCUGCCGUGGUGGGCUUCUAUAGUAGUAGGUACCCUAAUAGUCAGAGCAUGUGUGUUCCCACUCAUGUUGAAGAACAUGAAAUAUACGAUCAGACUCAAUAACUGCAUGCCUAUCUUCCAGAAGAUAUCUAAAGAGAUGAAUGAUGCCAAGGCUUGUGGAGAUCAGUUUGAGAUGACAAGAAAAAGUAUGGAGUUGCAGCAGUUCAUGAAGAAGAAUGAUGUCAAUCCACUCAAGAGUUUUGCUGGUAUUCUGCUUCAGGCACCCAUCUUCAUUUCUUUCUUCAUCGGACUCCGUCGUAUGGCAACCCUUCCUGUAGAGAGUAUGCAGACAGGAGGUCUAUGGUGGUUUACUGAUCUAACCACCAGUGAUCCUUACUAUGCACUACCGGUCAUAGCUAGUCUCUCAAUGUUUCUCGUUAUGGAGCUGGGAGGAGAGGCAGGUGUAAGCAAUGCUCAAGCUCAGAAGAUGAGGAAUGUUCUUAGAGUGAUGCCGUUUGUUGUCCUUCCUUUCAUCGCUUCGCUUCCUAAGGCUGUAUUCUGCUACUGGCUCACAUCCAACUUCUUCUCAGUAUUCCAAGUUGGUCUGUUGAAGAUACCAGCGGUAAGAACGGCAUUUAACAUCCCAGAGAAGGUUACACAUGAUCCCAAGGAUCUACCCAAGAAGGAAGGCUUCUUCAAAGGACUAAAAAAAGGUUUUAAUAGUGCUCAGACAAACUAUGACGUUGAACAGACACAGAAAUUACACCUGAAGAAGCUGAAGGAGGCAGGAACAGGCCCAGUACCCCAGACAUUCACCUUUGACCCCACGAGGCAACAAUCAAGCUCCAGCCAGCAGCAAGCACCUCCCAAACAGAUUAGGAAGAAGAUACGAUGAGUAGAGACCUGAAUCCAGAGAGAUUCAGUAGCUUGGACUAUGAACGAUAUUUCUCUAUAGAUAAGAGUGAUUUGAACUAGUCACCGACAAAAAUGGAAGGAGUCUAUCUCUUCGCGAGAAUGUCAGGUCCCCGGAAAAACAGUCUAUUGUCUAACGUGUUUAUCGGAAAUGAACACCUGUACAUCUUAAUGCAGGAAUUCAUUUCCAACGUGCUUAUCUUAAUGAACACUUUAAUCUAAUGCAGGAAUUCAAAACCAGGGGUUGUUUACCCAUUCCCGGCAUACUAUUGGAAACAUAAUUAAUGCUAUUUACUUUUAGAUGUAUACCAAGUCAGACUAAUAACUGUAAAAUUAAUCAACCCAGCCCGGCUCCUCUAUGGCUGUAGCGCCCCCCUUUAGGUCAAUGUGUUGCCCAAAUCAGCGUACCACUACAUACUUAUGAGAAGGUGGGAACGAGUAUGUUAGCAGACACCAAUGGUUCAUGCAAUCAUUAUUGGAUAGGAGUUUUCUACAAGUGGAUAGGAAUGAUUAUGAUGAUAAAAAUGUCAGAUAUUGAGUCUAUUUUAGGGCUCUAUUUUUCCUAAGCAAUGUAUACCCAUGUCAUGUAUUGCCAUGUUCUUGUACAAAUUCAUGACCCCCUUUCUUUUCAAUAUUUUGUGUGUUUUCAGUUAUAUAGAAGAUGCAAUAGGUCAAGGCCCUGUUUCAUAAAACUUGUCAUAAGAUGAUGACUUGUAUCCUAAUCAAAUGAUUGGUUGAGAGCAUACACGUGACCAAGCAUUUAUUUGCCUAACGCGUCAUUUGGAUAAUGACCGGUCAUUAUUAAAAUCAUGUUAUAAACCAUCAUUUUAUAAAACAAAUAAAACAU